UGUCAAAAUGGCGUCACCGCAAGACUGUUUGUAUAUUUCUUUACUUGGUUUAGCGGAACAUUUUCGAACUUCUAAUCCCCCUGACAUAAAAAGUUGUAUCCAGUGCUUACAAGCUGUGUUUAAUUUUAAUCCGCCAGCAAGGGUAGAAGCCAGGACUCAUUUACAACUCGGUAAUAUACUUUUGACACACACCAAAAACAUCGACUUGGCGAGAACGCACUUAGAGCAAAGUUGGUGCUUAUCACAAACUACAAAUGCUUUAGACGAGUUCAAGUUCGAGGCAGCUAGCGUUCUUGCUGAGCUAUUUGAGCAGCAAGGUCAACCUGCACAUUCUAAACCAAUUCUAAGGAAAGCAAUAGAGUUAUCACAACAUAGUGUAUAUUGGCAUUGUAGACUCAUUUUUCAACUGGCUCAAAUACAUGCUACAGAGAAAGAGUAUGAAGUGGCCAGUAGUCUACUUGGUGUUGGUGUGGAUUAUGCACAAAUAUCAAAUGUGGCAUAUACACAAGUACUGUUCUUGUUAAGUAGGGUAAUGUUAUUAUUAAUAGAUAAGAAAAUUCAAGAAGUGUUACCAUUAUUAAAUCAAGCUGGACAUUUAGUAGAUUCUUGGACAGGUAGUCUACACCAAAAAGAGUAUCUAAAAGUGUUCUUUUUAGUUCUACAAGUAUGUCACUACCUUAUGGCAGGACAGGUGAAGAGUGUGAAGCCAUGUCUAAAGCAACUGCAACAGAGCAUACAGACAAUAAUGGCACCGACAUGGCCUGAUGAUGAUGCUGUGUGCGGUACGGUUCCCGGCGAGUCGUUCAUCUGGUUGUCGCGACAGCAGCUGUACGUCCUCGUGUACCUGGUCACAGUGAUGCAUUCAGCACAAGCCGGCUACAUGGACAAGGCGCACAAGUACACAGAAAAGGCUCUAGCACAGAUUGAUAAACUUACUUCGAGCGCGGGCGAGGAGGCUGGCGGCGCGGAGCGGCAGUCCCGCGGCGCGACGCUGGCGUGGCGGCUGCGCAUGGCGCUGGUGGAGCACGCGGCGCUGUGCCGCCUCGUGGCCGGCGGCAAGGCGCACGCGCUCAACGAGAUCGCACGCGCCGCGCACCUGCUCACCGUCGCGCCCACGCCGGCGAGCGCGGCGGCGCACACACCGCAGCUGCACUGCUUGCUGGGACUGUACGCUAUGUCGAUGAACUGUAUGGAGGCCGCUGAGACACAGUUUCACACGGCUAUACACACGUCACAAGAGAGGGACCUGUGGAUGUUUGCUAAAUUAAAUCUGGCUAUUGUAUAUCUAAGGGGACGAAGAGACAACGAUUUGGCACAACUCAUGGAACAGGUUAGGCCGGAAGCAUUACCACCUUACGCGCACGGACUGCGAGCUGCCUCUUAUUACGUGCUGGGAUUGCAAGCCUUCUUCCAGGCGAGGUACAAUGAAGCAAAGCGAUAUUUACGGGAGACCCUGAAAAUGGCGAAUGCGGAAGAUCUGAACAGACUAACUUCAUGUUCCCUAGUACUUCUGGGGCACAUUUUCCUUUCAAUAAACAACUCUAGGGAGAGCAUGAACAUGGUGACACCAGCCAUGCAGUUGGCUAGUAAGAUACCCGAUGUCCACGUGCAGCUCUGGGCUUCGGCAAUAUUGAAAGAUUUGUACCGGUUGGCCGGCGACACGGAACGUGAAAACGAGGCGUACCAGAUGCACUGCAACUUUUCGCAGGCGUUGCUCAAGGACCACUUCCAGGCGACGCAGCUGCCCCAGCACGCGCUGCUGCACUGGAGCACCGGCGCGCCGCCCGCCCUGCCGCCCCCGCCCCCGCCGCCGCCCCCGCCCCCGCACGUGGCGCAUCUGUAGUUCCCUCAAUGGAACUUGACUGCUGGCGUUGCUACUCUCCCAGCACGCCUCUGCACUGGAGCACCGGCGCGCCCUUACUCAAGAACUGUUUAAUUAGUGAUUGAAGUGACAUGUCGCGCAUCUAGCGAUAGACAAUGUCUAACCAUUCUACUUCAGUAUAUUGCCUUCUUCACGAUAAGUACUGUGCUCCCAUCGUGGCUAGCUGUGACUGAAUUCGUGAAUAGUUUCAAACAAUGACUAGUGAUUUAAAUGGUUUUAUUAGUAAAAACAGUAAAAUUAAUUGAAUAACCUUACGUCUCAAAAAAGGUACUAUCUGCUAUAGCAUA